GGGACACCUUUCGUCGCGUAGACAGACGUCAUCGGCGGAGGGAUAGAUAGCUGUGAGAGACAGAACAGAGAGAGCAGUGCAGGCAGAGGACUACUAGUACUAUCCGCUGCGGACAGAAAGUGGAGUGCGAAAACUCUCGAAACGACAGCUUGCCGUAUGCCAAUGUGCAAAAUUAUACAGUUUCGGUAGAGGCCAAGGGAUCGAGAGUCAGUCGCAGAAGAUUCGAGCUUCGGUCAUCUGAAAGAGGAGUGUAUAAAGAUGUCGUCUCCAAGUCCGGGCAAAAGACGAAUGGACACCGACGUGGUGAAGCUUAUCGAGAGUAAACAUGAAGUCACAAUCCUGAGUGGACUCAAUGAAUUUGUAGUGAAGUUUUAUGGACCACAAGGAACACCGUAUGAAGGGGGCGUAUGGAAGGUGCGAGUAGAUCUUCCAGACAAAUACCCCUUCAAAUCGCCCUCUAUAGGAUUUAUGAAUAAGAUUUUUCAUCCGAACAUCGAUGAAGCGUCAGGGACAGUGUGUUUAGAUGUGAUCAACCAGACAUGGACCGCUCUUUAUGAUCUCACCAAUAUCUUCGAGUCCUUUUUGCCACAGUUGCUGGCCUACCCAAACCCCAUCGACCCUCUGAACGGAGACGCCGCAGCCAUGUACCUACACCGACCAGAGGACUACAAACAGAAAAUCAAAGAAUACAUCCAGAAAUAUGCAACAGAGGAGGCUCUGAAGGAGCAGGAGGAAGGAGCGGGCGACUCCUCUUCAGAAAGCUCCAUGUCUGACUUUUCAGAGGACGAAGCUCAGGACAUGGAGUUGUAGUUAAGGGUGACCGUUUCCCCCCUUUACCACAGAGACUAUAUUAUUUCCUAACCAUGCGAAGCAGACUAUAAAAGAUUCAUAUUUAAACAAGGUGAAUUUUUUUUUUUUUUUUAGCAUUAUUAUUAUUAUUAUUAUUAUUACUAAACCAGGAUUUGUAUGGAUAUCUAGCGUUGAUUAUGAAUAUGGCACCCUCUGUAGGUGUUCUAUCUCCACUUCUCGGUGGGUUUUUUUUCUCUCUUUCGCUCUCUCCGUCUCACCCCAACAAAAGAAAGGCUUGUAGAGUUUCCCCCCUUGAUUCCAUGUUGGUAUCUGCGUAGCUGGAAUGCAUGUCAUGGCCUCCCUUAUCCACCUUUUUCUGAAGCAGACUGACCAGACAGAGGCCGGGGGGUGCCCUUUUUUUUUUGUGAUGUUACUUAACUGUGUCCAUGAUGAUCUGAUACAUGAAUCCCCUCGGCUUAGACCUUUUUCCAGGACGGUCUUCAGACGGAGUUGUUGCAGAUGGAUCUGACACGUUUUGCCUCAUUACUUCCCUCAACCGUUUGAUCGAUCCCAGUGCAAGUAGUUUUGAAUUAUAGAUGCUUUCCCGGUUGUCCUAAGUUUAUUUUUUUUACUUUUCAUAUGUUUGUUUACUCUUUAAACCGCUGUUUUAAGAUAAAAUCUCUUUAGAGGAAUUCCUCUUCUUUUUAUUUUGGUCUCACCUUGAGGGGAAAGUUUCCACGCUGUAUGUUAAAGCCAAGCAUCAGGAUUUUACAAAACGCUGCUCACCGAUCAAGCCCACGAUACAGCGCCAGCGGAAAAUAUCAAUACGACUCCCUUUAAGCUCCUUGAUUUUUUUUAAGAGGAUGUAGGUGUAGAGGCAAGUCCACCGAAGCUCACCUUUACUUUACUUUUCCACUAGCUCGACGUUUCUGGCUUUUGUUCCCUCUUUGUGGAAGCCCCACAUCACAAAACGUGGCUCAACGCUGUGUGACCUUCACGAAACGACCAGGAAGUGACUGUCCUGCUUUACAGAGCACAAAUCUUUUAUUUUGUACCAACAAUGUAUGCAUAGUGUUUUGUCUUUUUCCUCUUUUUGUCUCGCACCCUCUCUCCCACUUUACGAGCAUCUUUUUUUGUACAUUUGCUGUAUGAUGCAGAAGCGGAGUCAUGUAGGACUUUGUCGGUCUAGCCGAAAAGAAACCUUAAAGAGAAAAGAGACAAAAAAAAAAGUUUUUACUUACAUUUGUAGAGUUCAUCAUCUUUUCCUAUUGCUUGUGUAUAACUAUGAUAGCUGUUGUUUGACCUCAUGUAGAUCUAGUUAGUUUUACUGGGUGGUGAAAUCAAAGUUAGAUGUUCAUAUGGAUCUAGGUUUUGUAACCUGCUUGUCCGAUAUUAUACAGAUAUUAUCCGAAGGAUCCCAUUUGGUAAGAUCUGCCUUGUGGUUUUAGGGGAAAGUCGGGGAACAUUGAAGUGGGUUUUUUCGCUGUGACUGUGGAAAUGGGCAGAUAUCUUCUGUAUAAAGAGCUUUUGAGUUUCAACCUCUGCAGAUAUCAUCAGUGGCAUGUUGGUACUACGGAGAACCAGAUUUGGUUUGUGUGUGUGUGUGUGUGUUUUUGCAGUAUUCUCACAGAUCUCGCAUUCUGAACUUGCACUUGUAGAUCCAUUCAUCGUCCAAAAUGUAAAUGAAAUGGGGUUGAAGUGAAGAGUACUGAUGGAAUGGCAUAUAAGGGGAAGUAUUUCAAGUCGGCUCGUGUGAUUUGAGCCGGAGCUGCCUAUGUUUUUCCCAUGGCUCUUUUUUUUUUUUUUGUUCUCUCCUUUUUUUCUUUUCGAAUUAAAUUGAUGUUUUAUAGGCAAAAAAUGUGAUGUUAUAGCCCAAGUCAAGAAUUGGCCAAAUUGUGCAAUGGAAAAAAGAAAAGUCUCAGUUGAACUUUUGAGUCUAAAUCGUUUGAUGGGGGAAUUUUUUAUUUUUGGAGACAAAAGAAAAAACACCACUUAUAUGCUACCUAUAGGUAUUGUAUUAAGAGGAAGUUAUCUUACAAGGAGGGAGACUGCAUACAUUUAGAGGCGGCUUUGUUUCACAGCUUUCAGACACGUAUGGAAGAAAAUGCUUCUCUGAUGUGGUUUGGUUGCCAUGCCUAGCAACACACACCCUGACAAACGCAUACAAACUCAGCUUCUCGGUUUCAUUUCUGCUUCAUUUUUUUGAGGACUGGACUUAAUAAGAGAGACAAGAUACGAACAUUUAGUUUGACCUAUAUAUUUUUCCUUUUGUUUUUAAUUCAUGUCAAAGAGUGAAAUGACUAAAGAGUCUGAGAAUCUCAAAUAAACAUGUAUAAGUGUGCUUCCAUUCCAAUUAGAAAUUAUACCUUUUUUUUUUUUUUUUUAAGAGAAUUUAUUUACUAAUUUUUGGUUUCCUAUUUCUAUUUCCCCAUGUCGAUAACAGAGAUGUCCAUCCGGAGCAGGUAAUACAUGAUGCAAAAGGUGUUGGGAUUGAAGGGAGGUUUUUUUAUUUUUAUUUUAUUUAACAUAUUUAGUGGGAGGGGUGGAAUAAAUAAGUUUGUCCUUUUUGUGUUUUGCACCCAUGAGCCCCCAGUGCUUACACACACACAUCCAGGGGACAGCAGUUAUUAAUGUUGUGGUCUCCAGCUGUAUGUUUGCCUGAGAGAGAGAGAAGAAGGGGCCACAGAGGCUCCCCCUGCUGGCCUUCUCAGCUAAUGCAUCGCGUCCUUGCGUUUGUGUUGAUGAACUCUCCAGUGCACUUUGCAUGCGUCCGGUGUUGAGUCCAGUCUAGUUCAGUCCUGGCUGUCCACUCCUUUAGUCCUUUAUACCUGGGCUUCAAGAGGGUGCUCAGACAUGGGGCUUAUGUGGGCACACAGCAAGGAUUUAUUUUUAUUUUUUUAAUAGUAUCUGUAUCUGAUACCUUUGUGUGAUCUGCUGAUUAAAAAAAAAAUUUUUUUUCUUUUUUUUUUUUUAUUUUUAUCCCAGGUAUUAUGUUAAUUUGCCAUUUUAUUUCCUUAUCCAUUAAUCUUACUCUUUAUUUUUGUGAUUUUUGUUUUUCUUUUGCAUUGUGAAGUGGGCAUGCCUGUCACAAAAGACAAAUGCUCUUUAUCUGUAGGAUUAUAAUCUCUUAAAUAGCUGUGUACAGUAAACUGUAAUAUCUUCUUUUUUUAAUAAAAUAUUAAAUGUGUACAAA